GGCGUUAUCUCUUUUAUCGGUGUUAUUAGCCGUUUAUCCGCCUGUCUUUCUCUCUCCCUCCUCCCAUGGCAGCCGCCCACGCCGCGGUGGUCGGCUCGCUCCGCGUCCCGCGCCCUCCUCCAAAGCGCCCAAGGUCAGCGCCUCCGCCGCUAAUUUCACCGUCCACCAGCCUGACCAAUAAAAGGAGGAACUCCCCUGGUCAUCAAUCUCGCCUAAAUUCGGCGCCCGACAUCGUUCCCAGGAGGAACAUAGUAGCUUCCUUGCUGUCAAGUUUAAUAUUAUCGAAAUUGGGAUCCCCUGAAGUCACCUUAGCAGAACCUUCAGUUCGCUUCAGGGAAUAUAUAGAUACAUUUGAUGGCUAUACUUUUCUGUAUCCCCAAAACUGGAUCCAAGUCCGUGGGGCUGGUGCAGACAUUUUUUUUCCGGGACCCUUUUGUUCUUGAUGAAAACCUGUCAGUGGAGUUAUCUUCCCCUUCAUCCUCCAGGUAUAAAAGUGUUGAAGAUUUGGGGCCUCCACAAUUAGCUGCAGAGAAAGUGCUCAAACAGUACCUGACUGAGUUCAUGUCUACUAGACUAGGUGUUCGGCGUGAGUCAAACAUUUUAUCAGCAUCAUCAAGAGUUGCUGAUGACGGCAGAGUCUACUAUCAAGUGGAGGUAAAUAUUAAAUCAUAUGCAAGCAACAAUGAGUUGGCUGUCAUGCCACAAGACAGGAUACAGCGUCUUGAAUGGGAUAGGCGUUACUUAUCUGUUCUUGGUGUUGAAAACAACCGACUAUAUGAGUUGAGACUGCAAUCACCGGAAAACAUGUUCACAGAGGAGGAAAAGGAUCUGCGAGAAGUUAUGGAUUCCUUCAGAGUGCUCAAGGCAAUGGAUUGAAAUGCAAUGGUCUCCAAAAGUUGUUAAUUAAGGUCCUUUUCACCCAAUUUGUUUUGGUUUAUUGUAAUGAUUUGCAUCUUAACUGAAACAUGCAUGAUCGAGGAAUUGAACAAUGGCUUUAAUAGGGAUCACUUUGUAUCUAAAGCUUCUUGUAAUUGUAAAUCAUUAGUGAAAAAGAAUUUAGUUGUAGAAAGGAAAGCCAUGAACUUUCCUCUCUUUCUUUUUCAUCGAGUAACCGUUCAGUUGCUGAUAAAAAACUACUUUGUAAUUCGGUACUUCAUUUGAAGCUGCUAUCUGGAUGAUGACUUUGUAAUUUGGUA